AUGGCGGAAGGAAGCGUAUUCCCUGCGCAGCCAAGCCGAGAACGAGGGCUGCGGGAAUGAGGGCGCAGCGACGGCGAGGGAGCGAGGGAGUACCAGUCCGAGGCAGAGGCAGCAGAGCAAGAGAGAUACCACAGUGAAGAGUGGCACACUGUGCAAGCAGCAGCAGCAGCAGCUCUAGUCUAGAGGGUAAUAGCUGCUGCGAUGGCGGAGCCUGUGCCCAGAGUGGGAGUUGGGGUGUUGAUUUGCAAAGGAUCCCGCGUGUUGAUUGGCAGACGGCGCUCCUCCAUCGGCGAUGGCACUUACGCGCUGCCGGGAGGUCAUCUCGAUUUUGGGGAAACCUGGGAAGAGUGUGCCGCAAGGGAAGUAAUGGAAGAAACGGGGCUGUCCAUCGUCAAUGUCAAGUUUGCGCAUGUGGUGAACACAGUGAUGCGGGAUGAGAAAAGGCCGAGUCACUAUAUCACAAUAUUCAUGCGUGGCGAGCUAAGUGAUCCCAAUGCUCUGCCAGAGAACCUAGAACCAGAAAAAUGCGACGGGUGGGAAUGGGUGGAGUGGCCCAACGUUCCACUGCCUGUGUUUCGUCCUUUACAAUCUCUUGUCGAGAGCGGCUAUAAACUUUCAUAGCGGGAGGCAUUUGAUUAAGCUAGUGCUUUUCUUGCUUGAUUUUGUUUUUCCCAUAUAGAAAUCUCAUCCCGCUAUUUGGUAUGUUGCAUUAGUUUUUUUGAUAGCACCAGUUACCGUUGCUCACUGAAUUGGUCUCUAUUAUGGACGCACAUUAAACGACCGGCAAUUCUAAAGUUGAACUGUGUUUUGAGAUAUCAAGCAAUCAAUGACUCGCAGCUUUCGUUUGA